AUGCUGCUGCUUGUUGUAGAGGUUGUGUAUGGAAAGGGGCGCUCCCUACUUCAACAGGCACAGUGCAUGCACCCGCACCAGAGCAGCGAAGCGGACGAGUCCUCAACAGGCGUACAAAACGAGUCUGCACCGCGCUGGGCGAAUACUCGUUUGACAAAGGGCCCCAGCGAAGCGGCGCCUGAAGCACCGGUAAGCGACCUUAGCCCUGAAUCAUCGACCGCGCUCCCAGCGGUUGGCGCUGCUAGUGAACGCGGAGAAGUGUGUGAGGCCUGGCGAAAGCAGCCUGCAACAGGUACGGAGUCAGUUGACCCGCCGGCCCGAGCGAAUGACUUUCGCAAGCCAAAAGGGUAUGCGCGCCGGGAACCGGAGGACUGCCCGAAAUGGCUCGAUUUCAGGGCGGGAAACCCAGAGAUUCCACUGGACACCGUUACUGGACGCAUUCAUUUGCUUGCAGACCGGCAGAGCGCUCGUCGUGUUCAAGAGCCCCAGCUGGAGAGCAGUGCUCCCGCGGCGAGCACCACAGCGGCUGUGCGUAAACCCACGGAAUCGAGCCUGGGGGACCACAUUGCGCGCUCCAUACUGGAGCAUAAACAAUCCACUUUGAACGAAGACGAGGACCAAACGAAGAGAGCCGAAGUCGAAGUGGGUACACCCAAGACGCUGGCGGAGGCAUCCAGCGACUCGGUGAAGGGUUCACAUGCCACUGGAGAGGUGCCGGCUGCUCACUGGAAAUCGUCUCCUAGCUCGCUAACUUGCUCGGACUUUGCCCGACGGCAUGCAAAAGCUUCCAUGAUUUUCGAUCAAACGACAUUGCUCUGUAUGCUUGGAGUUCCCGGUUAUUUGAGCACUGCCGAUCUGGCCCAGUUUGUAGCACCAUUCAGGAGUAGAAUUCGCCGAAUGCGAAUUGUUUGGGACUUGUCCUACUCGAAUUCGUACGCGGUUUUGCUGCGCUUCCUGAGCCCAGACGAUGCUGUCCUCUUUCGAAUGGAGUACGAUGGGCGAGCGUUUUCAGAGGCUCUCGCUCCCGAGCGAUGUCGGGUGCUCCCUGUGGAGCGCGUGGUCUAUCGCUGCACAUCAAAACAGAGUUCCCGUUUGGUCGCCUCGUUGGCGCUUCCUAGCGAGCAGGACGGGGACGAAAUCGUGGAAUAUGACGAGUCAACGUCGAGUGACGCGGAUAUCGGACAUCUGGAAGAGUGGCCUACCUGCCCAGUGUGUCUUGAUCGGCUCGAUCUCGAGUCUAUACUGGUGGGCCUCUGCAAUCACGCCCUGCACACGGCCUGUCUGGCACGUUGGGGCGAUCCAUCGUGCCCCGUGUGCCGCUUCGUGUCGGAGACGCUGAACCCACAAAAAACCUCUUGUCAGGUCUGUAACGCUCAGACGCAGCUCUGGAUCUGUCUCGUUUGUGGGCAUGUGGGAUGCGGGCGCUAUGUGCAACACCAUGCGCUUGCGCAUUUUCGAGACACGAACCAUGUCUUCGCCAUGGAACUGCAAAGUGGGCGCGUCUGGGACUAUGGUAGCGACUCGUACGUUCACCGCGUGCUGCUGAACGAAGUCGAUGGGAAGCAUGCAGUGCUCGAGAUGCGUGCGUCGACCGGCAGCCGCGCUGUCGCAGCGAGCGGUGUUCCUUAUCACAGCGAUGGAGGUGCGAAUGCACCGGCAAGCUCAUCCCAGCGAAGCGCUCCGGAGAUAGACGAGGAACGCACGCAGCUUUUUGCUGCGACGAUUGCUAGCAAAGUUGACUCACUUUCACAGGAGUAUGAAAUGCUUCUGCUUUCGCAGCUGGAGUCGCAGCGGCUGUGGUACGAGGCAAAGGCGACAGAGUUGGAGCGAGCUUGGAGCAAACGCGUUCAGGAACUCGAGCAACGCCUUGAGCGACUCAGCAAACCGAAGUGCUCGCGAGACGCAGCCACGGGUGAUGGAGCAGGUAAUGAGUUUGAUGCCAAGCUUUUACGGGAGCUGAACGAGCGCUUGCUUCGUGACGCUGCUGCUUGGCGCGAGCAAGUCGAGCGUCUCAAGAGGGAGCGCGACGAGCUUGCCGAGCAAGUGAAUGACCUCCUGCAGCACAUUGAGGCGAGCGCGAAGCUAUCAGCCCGAGGAAACAAUUCCACGAGCAUUCGGCUAGAGGCGCUUCGCAACAGGCGCAUCACAAAGCCCUAG